GUAGAGCACCAAGUUAGUGUCCUUUCCCACCCACCAGAUCUAAAUCUGCCCCUCCCCACACGCCACGCCACCUUUCAUCCAGCCUCGUCACAAAUCAGUUAACCUGCAAAUCCAGCAGCGCUGGGAGCCUCAGUGUUCCUCGGACAGGAUGGGCCUCCUACUACUGCUCACCUCCUCGCUCCUGUCUAACUACUUCCAUCCAGGGAUAGCAGUGGACAUGAAGCAGUUAUUCACGAUAAGAAACAUCACCCUGUCCAUUGAGCCCAGCAAUAAUGUGACUCGAGACACUGAUGUGACUCUGAGAUGCAAGGCCAGUGUCAGCAGCACGGGGGACCAGGUACUGAAUCGUGAGUAUACAAUAUACAAGGACAGCAACAUUGUCUACACCAAGAGCUCCAGCACUUCAGAGGAUCUUCUGUACCCGCUGCCCAAGGCCAGAGUCUCCAACAUUGGCAGGUAUAAGUGCAAGAUCAACAUUGAGGACAGACAGAUGACCAGCGAAGCCGAAAAACUCACAGUAACAGGCAUGUCAAACCCAGUUCUCCGCCUUAACAAAAGUGAGAUCAGUGAAGGGGAGGAGGUAACGGCCACGUGUACAGCACACGGCGAGACAGGCUCCAUCAUCUUCUACAUCAAUGAGGGUUCCAAAAUUAUUCAGGAGGAAAGGGUCAACUCCGACCAGUUGGAAGUCAAGAUUCACUUCGGCGUUGGCAUCCACAUGAUUCACUGUUCCUAUAUUGUCCUCAUGGCACCAGAAACCUUCAAGUCCGAACGCAGCAACACUGCCACUGUUUCAGUCAAAGAACAUAACAUCAGACCAGUUUUGGAGAUUUCACCUCAGUCCAAGAUCUAUGAAGGAGACCAUCUCAAUGUCUUGUGCACCAUCAGAGGCUUUCCCAAAAGCUAUGGAACAGUCCGCCUCUAUUUGAACCACGGCGACAGGCUUCUUGGCACUGGAAACACCGAAGUCAACCACAGCUUGGUCGCACUGGCAAAGGACCCCGGGGAUUUUGAGUGCAAAUUAGAGAUGGGACGCAUAUCAAAAGUUGACACAAAAACAGUUUCAGUGAUGGAGCUGUUUUCAAAGCCCACCCUCACCAUUACUCCCUCUGAAAUUUUUCAAAAUGAAUUCAUGACACUAACCUGCAGAAGUGAGAUCUACGUUUCUGAAAGACUCAGCACAGAAGAGCUGACUUACAAUCUUGAGCCGGAUGACAGCGGACUGACCAAGAGAAGCCCUGGCGUAUAUACUGGCUACGCCCUGCUGGAUAAUGCCAACUAUACCUGUGUAGCUAAAGCCAAGGGCAUCAUGAAAUUCAGUGAAACCCUGACUGUACGUCCUAAAGUUUCUGUCUCCGUUCCAAAGAUCUCAGUGGAUGGCAAAGUGGUGCUAGGACAACCCUUCAAGAUCCGCUGUCACUCAGAAAAUGGCAGCUUGCCGAUCAACUACACCCUGCAGAAGGGGCAUGAGCAGCUGAAAACAACCAGCAUAGAGCUGCCCACUCAGCAAGCUCUCUUCACAGUCACCAUCGCCAAGCCUGAGGAAAUAAGGGAGUACAAGUGCAAGGCUAAGAAUAAUCACAGGCCAGCCUCAUCCAGUGAAGGUCUCGUUGCUGCUGUUAUAGAGCCUUUGACGAACCUGACUCUGACUGUCAUCCCCCCCUUAUCGGAAAUCUCUGAGGGAGAUCAUCUCUACUUGAUAUGUGGCACUAAAGGCACACCGCCGGUCACCUUCAGGUGGUACCGUUCUGGAAGAAAACAGCCACUGUACACCACCACGUCUGACUCGAACAACACGGCCUACCAGGUCCCCAGUUUGUCCAAACAUCACAGUGGUAGAUACCACUGUGAGGCUGUCAACCACGCCAACAACGUCAUCCACAGUGAGAUGGUCAACAUAGAGGUACGCCUGGCGCUGUGGAAGAAAGCACUAAUCGGGGGAGUUUGUCUGCUAGUGGCGUUGGUGCUGGUGGCUGUGGGUUUGCUGUACUUCAAAUCCAAAAGAGGUAGAGAGACCUACAGUCCCUCAACUCAACUGUGCGCAGCGCAAUUCUAUGACGGCAUGGAGGGGAGAGUGACCAAUGGGAUGCGAGAUAGCAUGGCGCCGUUGCCCGUUGACAUCAGCAGCAGGAGCAACAACAGUAUCGCAGCCACAGUUUAGAGAUGCCCUGCAGUGGGAGGGACUUGAAUUCAAUUUUUUUUUAAACUUUCUAAGAAAAGACUUGGAGAGCAAAAAUGGAAAAAAAAGAAAAGAGGUAGUAAUCCUGUUUGUGAUGCCAAGUGUUGUAGGAUUUCAACAUUUUUUUCCCACUUUUUUUUUCAUUUUUUUCCUCAAUGAAAUGGAGGGGCGUUUUUAUGAUGAGACAUUAACCAGGACCCGCUGCUCCCUCUCCCCUCCUCUUGCAAUCUAGAUGGCCUUUGAUUUUAUACUUCACAUUACAUUCCCUAUAUCUGUGUGAUUGCAUGUCCUUUUUUGUUGCAACGACUCUAUUUGUCUGAUGUGUAUGUAUAAAUAGGCUUGGUGACAGAUUAAUUUGUACAUACAUUUAAUCACAAUCACAGGAAAUGUGUGUAUAUAUUUUUGGUUGAUCCCUCCUGACUGAAAGAGACACUUGUAGAAUAAAGAUAUUGGUUUUAUUUA